UCAUCAUCCAAAUCAUCAUAGCCAGUUUGGCCCAAGCUGUUGCUGGGCCACGGGCUUUCUCGCUGCAGCUGCAGUGCCUCCGCGAUGGUUGUCCUUGCUCGGCUUGCCUGGGUUUGGCGCCUGGUUGCGAUUGGAGUCCCGCUUCACGUCACUCUCUGCGGCAGCGGCGCAGGGCUGGGUCAGAAUUCUGGGUCAUGGUGCGUUGCGUGUUUCCGAAAUUGGUGCGUGACUUUUCGCUUGCACAGCUGGACUUCAUCCAGACGCCCUGCGGUACACAUCACAUGUCGCAGUCGACCGAGGGCACAGACAUGAGGGCUCGGGCACUCGCGAAGUUUUGCAAUACGGGUGUCUGCGCCUCGUGUUCGUGCUGUGCCUCUUGGAGGAAAUUGCGGCGGAUAUGGACGGGUUGACUCUCCUGGCGGUGCUCCUGGUGGUGGACGUGGUCGCGGCUAUCGCCAUUGUCGGCGGGCUCAGCCUGACCCUUGGCACAGUCCUUACGGGAGUGGUCCCUGGCAACGUGGCCUUCCUCUUCCCAAGGCCGUCAGUAUUCUGGCCUGCUUUCUUUGCCGUCCUUCCUCACGUUUGCGUUCGACCAGUCUGCUGAGGAGCGAGCUGUUCACGCCGAUCGUGCUCAUCUUCAUGAUGAAGCUGUUCGUGACGUUCGUGAAGAAGCUGGUCGUGCCGGCCUUCAUAGUGGAGCUGUUGUUGCCGACCCUCUCGUGGCAGCUGCUUACGAGGACGCUGGUCGUGCCAAUCUUCAUGGUGAAGGUGUUCGUGCAGAUGCUGUUCGCGGCGUUCGUCAUGACGCUGUCCGUGAUGAAGCUGUUCGUGCCGGUCGUGAUGAAAUUGUUCGUGCCGUUCGAGAUGAAGCAGUUCGUGCCAGCUUGCGUGAUGAAGAUGUUCGCGCCGCUGUUCAUGCCGUUCGCGAUGAAGCUGUUCGUGCCGAGCAUCAUGAUGAAGCUGUCAGGCCCGAUUGUGAUGGAGCUGACCGUGCCGUUCGAGGUGAAGCUAGCCGUGCCGAACUUUCUGGCGAAGCUAUUCUUGCCGAUCGCCCUCAUGAGGUUCAGAGGCUGGCAGCGGAGGAGCUGCUGGCCCGCGUUUCCUUGGAGAUGGUGUUGGCGCAGGCGGUGGGCGCCCCGAUGCUUCCGAUCUUCUUCGCGGGCUCAGCGAUGGUUUCCAUGGAUAAUUCUAUGAUUAUCCAGGAGUUUCUGGGACACGGCUUGUACUGUGAAGGCUCGGUCGUUCCUGAGUCGGGUGAGCGCGAGGGUUAUCGUAUUUCUGGUGUCCCCACUCUUGUGGUUUGUGGUGAUGAUUAUGCACAGUGGCGCACGGACUUCAGCAGGUGCCCCAUCUCUGGUUGACCGCUCGCGGCAGCAGAGAUUGAGGCCGAACGAUUGUCUGAACGGAUGUGGUGAUUUUUGACGAUUUCAUGUUAGUCGUUGCCUUUUCAAGAGAGUGAUUUCGGUGGUCUUCCCGCGUUUGCGGGAGGCACGGCCUGGCUGAUACCGCGGGCUGCGCUGUCACAGGUGGCACAGCACACCUCAGGUCACAGGGAGUGGCUUCGGUGGUCUUCCAUCGCCUGGAGGGGGCACGACCUGGCGGACAGCGCGAGCAGCGCUGUCCCAGGUGAUGCUGCGCACCUUUCGCUACGGUCCUGCCUGUUUGGCUUUUCGAUUGAAUGCGUAUCCAAAAAGUGGCCUUGGUGGUCUACCCUCGGCCCGAGGGUGGCACGGCCUGGUGGAUGGCGCGAGCUGCGCUGUUUCAAGCGACGCCGCAUACCUGGUCAGUUCUCCCUCCGUCACAACAGAAACCAUCCUACUCAUCAGCGUCGCCGUCAC